GGGGGGGCGGGAGCGGCGGGGAGGGGACCAUGGAAGAAAAGCUCCAGGCGCAUCAGGUGGAGAUCGACCCGGAUUUCGAGCCGCAGAGCCGGCCCCGGUCCUGCACUUGGCCUCUCCCCCACCCCGACUUCGCGGCGGAGGAGGAGGAUGGGGGGGGCGCGGCGGGAGGACCCCCGGCGCUGGCGGCCGCCGGCGGGGAGGGAGCCGAGAACGCGGCGGCCCCGGCGGAGCGCAGAGCGGCGGCCGCCGCCUCCCUGCCGCCCCCCGGCGCGGACGUCGGGCAGCUCCGCAAGGCCAAGACCUCCCGGAGGAACGCCUGGGGCAACCUGUCCUACGCCGAUCUCAUCACCAAAGCCAUCGAGAGCUCGCCCGAGAAGCGGCUCACGCUCUCGCAGAUCUACGACUGGAUGGUGCGAUACGUCCCCUACUUUAAGGAUAAAGGCGACAGCAACAGCUCGGCCGGCUGGAAGAACUCCAUCCGGCACAACCUCUCGCUGCACACCCGCUUCGUCCGCGUGCAGAACGAGGGCACGGGCAAGAGCUCCUGGUGGAUGCUGAACCCCGAGGGGGGCAAGACCGGCAAGACGCCGCGGCGCAGGGCGGUCUCCAUGGACAACAACAGCAAGUUCCUGCGCAUCAAGGGCAAGGCCAGCAAGAAGAAGCAGCUGCAGGUGGCGCAGGAGCGGGGGGAGGACAGUCCCUCGUCCCAGCAGCCCAAGUGGUCCGAGAGCCCCGCGUCCCACGCCAGCGACGACUACGACGCCUGGGCGGACUUCAGGAGCAGAGCCAACUCGGCGGCCAGCACGCUGGGGGGGCGCCUCUCGCCCAUCAUGGCCAACCACGAGCCCGACGAGCUGGAGGAGGACGACGGCACCCCCUCCUCGCCGCUGAUGUACCCCAGCCCCUCCAGCACCAUGUCUCCUUCCCUCGGCGCCCGCUGCUCCGUGGAGCUGCCCAGGCUGACCGACCUGACGGGCACCAUCAGCCUGAACGAGAGCCUGGGGGAGAGCCUGCUGGAGGACCUGCAGGACGGCUACGCCAUGAGCCCCUCGCAGCAGCUGCCCCCCGCCGCCCUGCGCCAGCGCAGCUCCAGCUUCACCUUCAACUCCAAGUGCUCCAGCAUGGGGGCCGGCGCCGGCAGCUACUGCGGGACCAUCUACAGCCAGCCGGCGCUGGGGCUGAUGCGGCGCCUGCCCAUGCAGACCAUCCAGGAGAACAAGCAGGCCUCCUUCUCGCCCGCCGGCUCCUACCGCAACGCCUCGCUGCAGGACCUGCUCUCCUCCAUCUCCUACGCGCACAAGGAGAGCCUGGUCCCGGGGGAGCUGCCCCUGCCGCAGGCCAGCCCCGUGGUGCCUGCCCGCGGCCACAGACACAACCCUCUGCCGUGCGGCGCCGGGGAGCAGGCGUUGCCCUCCUACCCCUCCCACUCGGGCUCGCUGAUGAAGGGCAGCGCUCUGUACCACCCGUCGCCAGCCGGCCACCACCACCACCACCCCCACCACCACCACCACCACCCCCCUGCGGUCCACACCAGUGCCUUAGCCAACCCUGCCAGCCUUAUGAGCCUGCCCGGGGACGCGUGCAGCACGGCGGCCGCGCCGCACCACGGGCACCUGCAUGCCUACGCCAGCAGCCAAGGGGCACACAUGAGCUUGCUGGAUUCGCUGCAGGGCCCCUACCCGGGGGCCGCCCACCCCCCCGUGCUGGGCCAAGACAGGUUCCCAGCAGACCUGGACCUGGACAUGUUCAACGGCAGCCUGGAGUGCGACGUGGAGUCCAUCAUCCUGAACGACUUCAUGGACAGCGACGAGAUGGACUUCAACUUCGACUCGGCUCUGCCGCCGCAGAACGGGCUCGGUGUGCCCGCCCUGCCCGCGGCCCCGCAGCCCACGAACCAGAGCUGGGUGCCCGGGUGAUGCCCACCCCAGGGAGGGGGGGGGGUCUCGCCACCCAGAAGCCACCGAGGGGAACAUUGAGACUAACUUUUGGGUUUUUUUUUCCUUUCUCUUCUGCCUUUGUUUGUUAAGAGGGGCCAGAGCCGCGGGGCUGAGCUUGAGGUCCGGCACCAAACACAAACCCUAGGGGCAAACGCUGAGUCAGGGCAGGGCCCCCCCACCCCCGGCCCACGCCUGGGCCCGGUGCGUGGGUCCUCCUGUGAGCAUCCUCCAGAGGACACAGGGCAGGAGAGGCAGCUGGAGCCAGGCAGGUCUGGGGGCAGCAGGAAGGGAUGGACCUUUCCAGGUGGUCCCGGUGCCCCGUUGUGAUGGUGCCAGUUUGCUUUGCCCUUUGGGCUGGGUGGUGAGGUGGUGGUGGUGCUGUGGGAGCCCCCUGCGUGUGCACCCCUGUCUGGAAAGGGACUCUUGCUCCCGAGCCAGCUUGGGAAAUGAGUCCUCUGAGAAGUGCCAGGAGCAGGGACUCUGCCCCAAGGCAAUGAGGGGCUCAUGACCCCUAAAUCCUGGUGGGGCUCCGAGCUCUGCCAAGCCCACCUGCCCAGACUGUCCCCACUGUGGCUCUCUUGUGUGGCUCCAGGCAGGUUUUUCGUACCAAGCAGUGAGAAGGGAGGUGGGAGAUGGAGAGAAGGGUGCCCUGGGGACAGCUGGUGGGUGCUGGGGCUGCCUGCCUGUGGGAAUGCUGCGGAUCCCUGCCUGGAGCAGGUGUGGGCAUGAGGUGGUGCUGCCGGGAGAGAUGUGCUGCUGGCCUGGGUCCUCCAUGCUGGAGGCUCAGGGGGGAGCUCACAGGGUCGGGGAGGGGGGGCAUAUUUAUUGGCUUUCCUGCACUCUUCUGCCAUGGAGUUUUUUGCAUUGGAAGGAAGAAAGAGCUGAGCUCGAGGGGAGGAGGAGAGAGGCUGUGGGCAGCGCUGAGCUGUGCCCCUCGCACGGUGCAGCUUGGCAUGGCCUGGCCUUGGCUGCUGCUGGUGGGCUGGAGGCUGAGGGCUGUCGUGUGGGCAUCCUCGAGAAGGAGCUGUGUGAGGAGGAAUGUGGUGGCCAGGAGGCCUCUGGAGGCAGCUGCCCCGAGACUGUGUGACCCACGCUGCUGCCGCAGCCUGCAGAGCUCAGGGAGGUCCUGCAGGGCUCACAGCUGGGGCUGUGGGGCUCCUGGGGGGUCAGGAGUGACUCCAGCCAGUGCCCGCCCCAGAGGGCUCACUGCCUGUCCCCAGAGUGCCGGGAGAGCUGGUCUGGAGAGCUGUCAGUGAGGGGCCAGCCCUGGCAUGGCCAGCUGCCAGGGGCUGAUGCUUCCUGGGGAAGGGGACCGUGAUUCACGUGUGUCCUGCUGUGCCCCAGUGCUGUGCCAGGCCACUGCCACCCUGCACAGCAGGGGAGAGGCCUCCCUGCUGCUGGGUACAACAGAGUUUUUGGAGGGUUAGCCAGGCAGGUCGAUGGGCAGCUGGAGCCAGCUGGUCCAGAGGAGAUGGAGGGGCUGGGGGGGAGAGGCUGUGGGAGCUGCUGCUCUGUCUGCUUUCUCCAAACCCCUCCCCGUGGGCUGCAGCAAGGAGCAGUCCACUCGGCCAGCAGCUUUCCCCAGCCCAGCUCUUCCCUCACUCCAGCAUGAGGGGCAGCCUGGCUGCUGAGAGCUGGGCAGGCAGGGACUGUGCCCCACCGAGCCGUGGGGGGCAGCCUGGCUGCUGAGAGCUGGGCAGGCAGGGACUGUGCCCCACCGAGCCGUGGGGGGCAGCCUGGCUGCUGAGGCUGGGGCAGGCAGGGACUGUGCCCCACUGAGCCGUGGGGGGCAGCCUGGCUGCUGAGGCUGGGGCAGGCAGGGACUCGUGGGUGGGCACCUCCUGCUCCCCUCCUGACCCAGGGGUGCGGGAGAAGGCGUGAGAGAGGAGCCCCCUGUGCCCCUGGGUCAGCUCUGGCCCGGGCACAGGGCGGGCAGGGCCCCCGCAGCGCUCUGGGCAGCGAAUGGAUUCUGUUUACAUGAUUUGCCCCUGCACAGCAGUGAAAAUAUUCUGUUCUAGAGAGCCUUUCCCCAACGGCCUCUUUAUAAAGGACCUUCUCUGGGCAGGAUCAUUCCUCUGGUGCCCACCUCCUGUCGGGCAUCUCUAAACCCCUUGGCACCUGAUGGAACACGGCUGGGGAGCGCCAGCCCUGCCCCCACCCAGCGCUGCACACGGGGCCAUGGUAGAAACAGGGGGGGCUGAGCCCCUCUCCCCCCCAGCCGUGGGGGGAAGGGGUGCUGGCUCCCCCAGACACACAGCCAGCAGCAGGGCAGCACGCCGGGCAGCGCUGCCAGCUGGGCUCACCCUGGCAGGUGGGAUGCUCGAGCACAGGGACCCCCCCCCAAAAAACCCCUUUGAGGUGGCACAGCUGUGGGGCAACCACCGCCGCGGCAGAGGGGAAGCUGCACCAGCAGCAGCAGCAAAGGCCACUCCCUGCCCCCCGCUCCCCAGCCCAGCUCACCUCCCCCUGCCCCGCUGCAUGGUGCCCGCGGGCAUCCCCCCGUGGGGCACGCCCCACUGCCAAGCUGUCGUUGUGGUUCGUGACCGUGGGGUUGUCGUGUGUGCGGUGGAGUCGUGUUGGUCAGCGUCGUGUGUACAGUCGUCGUGCGGUGCCAGGGACAGCGGCAGGCGGGCACGGAGCCCCCCCGGGAGCUGGGGGGGGUGUGGGGAGGUGAGAUGGGCUGGACCCGCCGUGGCAGGGGGAAGGGGAGCAGAGGGAGUGGGGGAUGCCAGGAGCGGGGAGCCUGGGUGGCGAUGUCACGGGGGCGCCGUGCCCGUGGGGCAGGCAGGUCCUGGGGCGGUCGGGCACAGCCGUGCCCCCUGCGUGUCCUGGUGCUGCGGGCGGGGAAGGGCCAAGCGUGGCUGCACUGCACUCCAGCGCUGGGCACGGCUGCGGCUCCCCCAGCACAGCUCCCUCAUGCCUCACCUCAGCGCCAGCCUCCCCACCCAUCACCCCCUCUGCCCUCCCAGCCUGUGGGCACAAGGAGCAUCCUCUGCCCUCGGCCCCGCAGCACUCAGCCCUGCCCGGAGCCAGGAGCCUGCGCCGAGGGGACGCCGAAGGGGCCCCACUGGUUGGCUUCAAACGGAGGUUUUGGGUCCUUGCCCUCGUAUUUAUAACUGUACAGAGUGGGGGGGGGUCUCUGGCAGGGGUCAUCUCUCACCACGCAUCUAUGGUAGGCAAUGGUUAACUUUCUUGGUCGUGCUGUUCAGUCUGUGUGUGUGGCCAUGUAAAGCCCUGUGUAUAGUGCACUGUACAGCAUAUUUUCAUGAAUAAAACUGUUUGAAAUAUGA